AUGGCCUCCAUUCUUCAAGCUUGUACCUUGUUGCUUGCUUUUACAACGAUGUUCAUGUUCAUGGGAGAUAGAGCAAUAGCUGGAGGAAUAUUUCGACCCAGUCAGUGGGCUCUUGCCCAUGCCACUUUUUAUGGUGAUGAGACUGCUUCUGCUACCAUGGGAGGAGCAUGUGGGUACGGGAAUUUGUUUCAAAAUGGUUAUGGGACAGAUACAGCGGCAUUAAGCUCGACGUUGUUCAACAAUGGUUAUGCAUGCGGGACAUGUUACCAGAUAAAAUGCUACCAUUCCAGUGCAUGUUACAAAAAUGUGCCCUUCACCACGGUCACUGCCACCAACCUCUGCCCUCCAAAUUGGGCCGAACCUUCCAAUGAUGGUGGCUGGUGCAACCCACCUCGAGUGCAUUUUGACAUGUCCAAACCCGCCUUCAUGAAAAUCGCGCAAUGGAAAGCUGGCAUAGUUCCAGUUAUGUACCGCAGAGUGCCAUGUGUAAGGAAGGGAGGGCUUCGAUUCUCUUUCCAAGGAAAUGGGUACUGGCUAUUGGUGUACGUGAUGAAUGUUGGAGGAGGAGGAGAUAUUUCAAGCAUGUCUGUGAAAGGAAGCAGAAGUGGAUGGAUUAGCAUGAGCCACAAUUGGGGGGCUUCAUAUCAAGCAUUUGCAACUCUAAGAGGCCAAGCUCUUUCUUUCAGGGUUACUUCUUACACCACCAAAGAGACCAUUAUUGCAUGGAAUGUUGCUCCUUCCAAUUGGAAUGUGGGACUAACUUAUUCCACAACCGUCAACUUCCACUGA